CGGGGAGGAAGCCAGGCGGGACAGACCGAAGAUGAACUCGGCCGCUGUGCUUCUGCUGAGUCUUCUGGCGGUCGUUCGCUGCGAAAGCUGGAAGCCUGAGGAUCUCGAACCAAAGACAGAGCUUCAGCCACGCCUUGGCGAGGGGGAUGAAUUCGGUCUGGAAGAAAAAGUCCAUAGUCUUCGCACCUACGAUUAUGAAUAUGAUGAUGAUGACGAAGAUUACAGUGAUGAGGAGGAUGACGAGAGUGAUGAAGGGGGGGACUAUGUAGAAGAUGAUGAUGAUGAUGAUGGUGCCCAAGACGGCGAUGAACAAGAUGAAGAUGACCAUGAAGGCAUCGAUGAACAAGUUGACAACCGGUCACCGGCAAGAAGCAAGGCCUCGCUUAAGAAAGUAUUUUCGCAAAGGAAGAACUUACCACAGAGAAAGACAUUUUCGCAAAGGAAGAAAUUUGCAUCCAGGAGUAGAUUUUCACCCAGGAAGAACAUUUCGCCAAAGAGGCCAUCGCGACGAAGAAGUGGACGAGCCGUGAACCCGGAGACCUCAAGGAGGCUGUACGACCGCAGCCGACGGCGCUUCAGGUUUGGACGUCAGCGAAGCAGCCCAAGGAAGCCCAGAUACGACAGCAGCGAGGAAGAGAGCGGCAAGCCUUCCCUUUGGUCGCACUUGCUGUUUCGGAGGCGAGGAAAGCGGCAGUCUCGGACGGGCGGGGAGAGGGACAGCAACACCGAACGCGUGGCCGAGACGGAGGACCUGGGAAAUACACAGGCCGGAAGGUUGAAGAGAUCUCUACGAAUUCCCGAGGUCAGCCUGGAUAAGAGGGGCUUCUGGUCCGCCAUCACUUCUUUGUUCCGGCCCAAAAAUCAGUCCCGUGACCAAGGAAGAAAGUCAUCCAAAAUCACGGGGACGCCGAAAAGGAGAAACAAGGACAAUAAAGAGGAUCUCGAUUACGGUGGCUCUCAGUAUGACAACUCUCAGUAUGACAGCGCCCACUACGACAACUCUCAGUAUGACAAUGACCAGUAUGAUCAGUAUGACGACGAAGGGCUUCAUGAAGUUAGCAAGCGUGCCAUUGACGAGGAACAGGCUGGUCGUCCAAUGGGACAGUUCUCGGGAGAGGAAAAUUCUGGUGAAGACGAGAGCGACGAGCAAAACGGGGACACUUAUUUGAAAGCCGCGAAGACCUAUGAAGACACGGGACGACGGGGAUGGACGGCACUGAAGGCCGGGGAAGAUCAAUGGCCGCAACCAGGAUUCGCUAGAAACACCAGAUUUCUCGGCAAGCUUUUCCAGAAAUUUGGGAGCUUAUUCUACAGUGGGGAUUCCAAGCAGACGUCUAAGGAGGUAUCUCAAGAGAGCUCAGAAGAGAGCUCCGAGGAAGACAACUCAGAAGAAACGUCUUUGGAGAAAAAGUUGCCGAUGGAAGACCCCGAAGUGCAAGGCGACAUCGACAGCGGUUACGAGGAGGUUGGGGAACUAAUAGGUGGUUACCAAGUACAGGAUUACCAGGAACCAGCUGAGCAAUCACAGGAUUACCAGGAACCAGCUGAACAAUACAGGAUUACAGGAACACUGAAAUCACAGGAUUACCAGGAACCUCCUGAACAAUCACAGGAUUAUCAGGAACCAGCUGAACAAUCACAGGAUCCCCAAGGACUAGCUGAACAAUCACAGGAUUACCAGGAACCUGCCGAACAAGCACCAAUACCAGGAUUAGCUGAACAAUCACAGGGUUACCAGGAACAAGCUGAGCAAUCACGGGAUUACCAGGAACCUCCUGAACAGUCACAGGGUUACCAGGAACCUGCUGAACAAGCACCAUAUAACCAGGGACUAGCUGAGAAAUUACAGGAUUACCAGGAACCUCCUGAACAAUCACAUGAUUUUCAGGAACCUCCUGAACAAUCACAAGAUUCCCAGGAACCUCCUGAACAAUCAAUGGAUUCCCAGGGACCAGCUGAACAAUCACUGGAUUCCCAGGGACCAGCUGAACAAUCACUGGAUUCCCAGGGACCAGCUGAACAACCACAGGACAAUCUGGAACUGAGCCAUCAGGAUAUAGUUGAACAAUCACAUCAACCAAAUGAGCAGUCAAAGAAUUACGAGGAUGAACAAAUCCUAGCCCCUUAUCAGGUUCCUGCCCGAGCCCCUUAUCAGGUUCCAGUCCAAGCCCCUUAUCAGGUCCCAGCACAGAUGCACUAUCAGCUCCCAAGUCAGGUGUUUUAUCCCCUUCCGCCCCAGGUACCUUAUCCGAUUCCUGGGCAGAUUCCUUACCAGGUCCCAAUACGGAUGCCUUAUCAGCUACCUGUACAGGUGCCGUAUCAGGUUCCAGCCCUGGUCCCCUUCCAGGUACCACCAUAGCUCUAAUACCUAGUUCCUGAACAGGUACAUGAUUAGGUCCGAUACGGAAACCUCUAUUAUAUAGAUUAGCAUACAGAGUGAAUCCCAUGAUUUGCUUCCCAUGUUUCUUCAUUCUGAUUUUACUUUAACCCUUUUGAGAAUUUAAGAAUUGCUUAUACACAUCUAUAACGCAAAUAAAAAUCAGUGCAUCAAAAAAUUA